CCUGUACCAGGAAGAGAUGUCGAUUGGUUUAAAAAUGCUGUCGGAGAAAUAGCUAAACGCAUCGACGCCCAUAUGUCUCAGCAUCAAAUUGUACUUAGUGCUCCUCCGGAGGAUGAAUUCAUACAGACGAAAUGCAGAUUGCCAGCAACAUUAGGAACGGAAAAAUACCUGCAAUGGAAUGCUGAGUUCGCGACAAAUAUCGCCAAAGUCCGAUCAAAAGACAUCCGCCGAGUGUUAAAUCCUUGUCGGUUACAUUUAGAGGCUUACAACGAAGCAUUAAUGAUGCAUUGCGAUUCAAAGACAAGAUAUGCAUUUGCCGUUCUUGAAGAGUUUAUGGAAGACUUCAGAGUAGUUCCAGCAAAACAUCCUACAGACGCCUUCAUCAUGGCUCUUUAUGAUGAUCUACUGCCUGUACCAGGAAGAGAUGUUGACUGGUUUACAAAUGAUGUCAAGGAUAUAGCUAAACGCAUCGAAGACCAUAUGGCAAAGCAUCAAACUGUACGUAGUGCUCCUCCAGAGGAUAAAUUCAUACAGACGAAAUGCAGAUUGCCAGAAAUAUUUGGAACGGAAAAAUACCUGCAAUGGAAUGCUGAGUUCGUGAAACAUAUUGCCAAAGUCGGAUCAAAAGACAUCCGUCGAGUGCUACAUCCUUGUCGGUUACAUUUAGAGGCUUACAACAAAGCAUUAAUGAUUCAUCGUGAUGCAACGAAAAAAGAUGCAUUUGUCAGUCUUGAAGAGUUUAUGGAAGACUUCAGGGUUGUUCCCGCAGACCAUGCUACAGACGCCUUCAUCAUGGCUCUUUAUGACGAACUUCGGGCAGUAUCUUUCAACACAGAACCAGACAGUCCCAAACUGCUCAAACUUAAAGAAAUACUCAAUGGAGUACUUUGCAAUGACCAGAAUGCCCGAGGAAUUAUAUUUGUUCGAACAAGGGAAUUGGCCCAAGCGUUGGUUAGAUGGGUGAACGAAACAGAUAGUUUGGGCGUUUUAAAUGCUGCCGAGCUCGUCGGGCAAAGUGAUUCCGCUUCAGUUGGAGAAAACAGUCGACAAGUUGUGUUUGUUGUUCAUGCAACUGCAGAUCAAGACUAUGCCGAGUCUCUUUGCAAAUACCUGGAAGAAAAAGGUUAUGUGUGCAUUCAGUCAGGUCAUGAUUAUCAACCACUGGAUAGACACGAGAAGAGCCUCAAUGACAUUAUUACGAUUACCAACAAAACACUGUUCAUAGUCACUGCAAAUUCUUUACAGCAGUUCACAAAAGUCAUACGAAAUGUUCUUUCAAAAUCUGCUGAAUUGAAAGAUGAUAAAAUAUCUGUUUUGUUGAGUUUCUUGAAUGGUUCUGAAACCACACAGUUUUGGGAUGAAUUAUGUGAACUAAUUCCUAUUGAAAUUCUGCCAAUGGACGUCACAACAGUGGCUGAUGUAAGAAGAUUUAAAACAUCUGUCUUCAAAAGAGGAGUGACAAAGAGUGGACAGAAAGAUGUGUUGGAGUUCUUCAAGAAUGGACAACACCGACUUCUUAUUGCGACGUCUGUAGCCGAGGAAGGUCUUGAUAUUUCUAAAUGCAAUCUUGUGAUUCGUUACGAGCAUGUUACUGAUGAAAUCGUUAGACUCCAAUCCAGAGGGCGGGCGAGAGCGGAAAAUAGCUUGUUCUAUGUCAUUGCCGAGGAGGGGUCUUGGAUUCUGGAGAAAGAAGAAAAGAAUCGUCGAUGUGAGGAACUGAUGAAUCAGAUUGUUUCACAUCUACAAGUGUUUAUUGAAGAUCAUGCACACAUCUUGGAGAGAGAGCUCUUGGAAAUUCAAGAAAAAAUGAAACAAGAGGAAGAAAGGCAAGUAGAAGAAAGAGUGCUGCACAUGGCAGCUGGUGGUGGCCGCUUUUAGUGUCUUAAUUGCAGAUAUUUUAUUUGCUUGUCAGCUGACAUCAGAGUUAUGAAGGGAGCACAUCAUGUUUUCAUUGACAAAGAAGCAAAACGACGUCUUAUUCUCAAGAGGGGAGCUCCUACCUUUACUGAACCGGAAGGCUUCCAAUAUGGAGGGGCCGUGUAUUGUAAAAACGAAUAAUGCCAACGUGAACUAGGAUCGGUUUGCACUUACAAACACUCUGAUUUUCCAUUGGUAGGACUCAACAAUUUCAAGGUUGUUGAUGGAGUUGGACAAGGCCAUACGUAUAAAAAAUGGAAACAGGUCAAUUUAAGAAUCGACGAGUUUACAUUUGAAGACUUGGAGGCCGUUGUGGCUGAAAGACUUGCCAAUGUGUAGGCUGGUGUCGUUUGUACGAGUGAAGAAAUAUUUUAUUUUGGGACAUUCCAAACAAAAGUUACUAGAUCUAGUAAUCUAACGAUGCUCUUUAAGCGACUGGUUUUAAAUUGUCAGUUGUUUGUUUUAAACACAGACUGACAUUGGAUAAAGUAGUACAUAUAUUUUUCAAAUCCGAUCUAUAAUCAUCUAUUGAUUUAAUUGGUGUAUGUAAAAAGAUUGUGUUGCAACUUAUCACCAUAACCCAAUAUCUAGUGCUAGUGAUAUUGACAAAAAGUAAAAUUUAUGGGAAGUCUAAGUAUAUCUAAUUGUUGUCCAAAAUCAAAUAAUAUUCAAAUAUUAUCCGCGUCAUUCUGCCAUUUAUACAAAUGCAUGUGUUUUUUGUACUUCAUGUCGAGUCAUAUGUGCGAUUUUUGUAGUGUUUAUCUGAAUUUAGGCGUUGUGGUUUGCUAUUAUUUUAGUUUAAAAAUUAGUUAUUCAUGAAACUAAAUUGAAGGACAUAUUAUACAUGUAUCAUCGUUAGUAUAAGGAGAGUAUAAUCUCUCAUUUGUAUACGCACGUUCAUAGAACUAUUGAAGUUUUACCUGCGGCGUACGGUUGGAAGGGUGGGCGGGCCUCGUCCAGUACGUUGUCCACUCAAUAACAUUAGAAGCCUUAGUGAUUUGGCAUAAUAUCUUAAUAAAGAUUGAUAACCAGCCAUAUCGCUCGAGAGAAAUCACCCUUUUACUUAUAGAUGCACUCUUAUUCCCAAAUAAGAUUUACCAAAAUUAAUAAUAUUGUUUUGAUAUUCCAAAAAGGAUGAAUAAAUGUCCUAAAACAAUGCUUUUUAUGAAGGAUACCGAGUUUAAUUUUAAAGAAAUGUGCAUUAAACACGUUUUUCUACCUUAUGAGACUAAAGUAGACCACAGUAAAUAUUUUGGCUUUCACCAAUCAUUUAAUAUUUGUGCGCUUUCUGCUAUUAAAUACAUGGUUACAAUCUUGUUAUCAGUUAUUAAUAUUUUCCAUAAAUGCAUUAUUUAGUAAGUAGUUGAAGGUUAAUAAGUCAACAUUGAUGUGUGCUAUACAUGUGUAUGUUUUGAUUUUGAAUAAAAGUGCCACUUCAUAUAAAGCACCUAAAUUCGGUCUUGUCCGAACAAUUACUUUAGAAGCCUUUGCCCAAUCAUCACUAAAUUUGGUCAGAAUGUGUAUGGACAGGAUAUCUCGUUCAGGUUCAAAAUCCAGCCAUGUCGUCCUUGUCACUUCAUAGUUAUGACCCUUGAAUUUGUAAAAACUAUUUACAGUAUCCGCUCUAACGUACAACCACUUAUCACCAAACUUGGUGUCCUAAAAUUAGGGCGGGCGUAUUUUGUGACCGUUGACGCUCUCUUGUUUAGUGUUACUGUUAUGCAUGUGUUAAUUUGUAUACAUUUGAAUAACGUUCAUGCCCAGAAUCAAGUGACUGCGCAUGCCAUAACCCAAACGUUAAAUGCCUGCUUGUCUUCUGUGAAUGACUUAACGCAUUGAUCAUUUAUUAUAACAUUCUAUUUGAUUGUUUUCUGUUUGCAGUAACUAUGUUAUACAAUAUUCUCUGUAUUUUGUUAUUAAUACAAUUAAAUGAUAUCAGGUUUUUUUCGCAAUAAAACAUUCAAACAAAGUCAGGGAUUUUAAAGUGACAUCAUGACUUACUGGUAAAAUGUGGGAACAUUUAGAUGACUGAAAGAGAAAUUACUCUUGUUUUUUUAUAAAAAGAACUAAUGACCUGUUGAAGCUAGUCUUGACGUGAUUGUAAGUAACAUGAAAUCAGUAUCGUAUAAUACUUCAAAGUGGUUUCUGAAACAUAUUUGUGACGAUAAAUGAAGAUACAUAAACAGAUGAUUCAGUAGUGAGUAUGCUGGAUUAUUAUCGUAAAAAAUAAUACAUAUUAAAAGUGUUCGUAGUUCCUAUUCAUUGGCGUCUCAAUAUUCAUUGAGACGCCAAUCUGGGGAGCGUUUAAAAUGAAAAUUUCAGUCAAUUCUAAAACUGUAUUUUUUUUAUUUUGAACUCUAAGAUUGUUCUUUUGUAAUGAAACACACAUUAUGAGAAAGCAUUGAAGAUUUUUUUAUUAAUUUGUACCAAAUGAAAUACUUCCAUAUUUGAAUAUAAUUGCUCACGGCACUAAGCAGAUAUAUGCUAGAUAUUCAUUAAAACAUCGUGCAGCGGACCACUGUACAUUUGACUCUAUUCAACUCUGUUAAAUUGGUGAUUUUGGUUCAGCAUAUAGUGAAAAGAACUAUUUGAUAUUCAAUAUGACAUUUAGUGUUUAAUAGCUAUAUAUUUGCAGGGUUAAGAAAGCAUCAUUCCCUGUAUAUAACACCUCCCAAACAAACGAUGAGCGUUUUUAAUCAAUGAUUUGUUAAAAAAUGCCUGUAGUCAAUAAAAUGCUAUUGUAAUAACCUUUAAAGACAACUUUUAAACAUUGUUUGAUUGGUCACAAAAGUUACAGCUAAAUUAGAUUGUAUGUCAUGUACUAAAACAUUCAGAUUGAUUAAUAUGUUGGUGUUUUCUUGGUUCAUAAUAAGAAUGUGUAUCAUGUCAUAAAAUCUAAAUAAUUAUUAUUAUGUGAUGUAUAACACCAGUUUUAAUGUACAAAAUGUAUAUAAUGUUUGCAUUCAUAUUGUUUAACAUGUUGAUUUUCUUUCUGCUGCAUAUUUUAAAUGUGUAUCAGGUGAAAAUUCAUACAUAUUUAUUAAUAUGUGAAUGUAUUACUAAUGUUUUCUGCUACAAAACUAGAACGUAUAUUAUGUGCAAAAACAUUCACAUUGAUUUAUAUGUUGAUGUUUCAUUGCUGCAAAAUUAAAAUGUUUAUCAUGUGGAAAAAAAAUCAUAUUUAUUAUUGUGUCUAUUACACUUGUUUUCUGCUAAAAUACUAGUUGUUUUAUAUGCUUUCCGUUGGUUAAUAGAGAGUUAUCAGUGAAAUAAAAUUGAUAUUUCAGUGUUUGAAACAGUGAAAAUAUCAAACUAAUA